AUGUUCUUAUGGAUCCAUGCCUGCUGUCAACCCAAGUGGGUUCAUGAAGCUGACGCCUGUCUAGUCCUUGCUAAUAAAUAUUGUCAGGAUCCCGAUGCCGAAGAUGCCGCUAAUAUUAUGCGAGUUAUCUCUAUUAAAAAUUAUUCUGAUGAUAUACGAGUUAUCAUCCAACUAAUGCAGUAUCACAAUAAGGCCUAUUUAUUAAACAUUCCAUCAUGGGACUGGAAACAGGGGGAUGAUGUGAUCUGUUUGGCAGAACUCAAGUUGGGAUUUAUAGCACAAUCAUGCCUAGCACCGGGAUUUAGUACUAUGAUGGCAAAUCUAUUUGCUAUGCGAUCCUUCAAGACGGCAUGGCAGAAUGACUACCUUCGUGGAACAGGAAUGGAGAUGUACACCGAGACACUGAGCCCUACCUUCAUCGGAAUGCCCUUUGCCAAAGCCACCGAGUAA